UGAGGAAGUAAAUCCCAAUUUAAGAGUUAGGUUUGAAUGAGAGAUAUUGUUGGCUGAUUUCGUUACGGAAAGUCGGAAACUGCCUAGAAGGUAUCGUACCACCUCUCACCAGCUACCCCUUCACUGCUCUUCUCUCUGAUAUUUUUGUGGUAGAACACUGUUCACUAUGGGGAAUCGAUAUCUUUGUUUGGCUUUAUGUUUAUGUGCUUUGAUACCCUCUAUGCUUGAUGCUGCUUCCGAUGGGUUACUGAGAAUCAACAUGAAGAAACGACCUUUGGAUGUUAAUAGCAUCAAGGCUGCUAGAAAAGAAAGCAAAUAUGUUAAUGGUCUUAAGAACACACCACAUGGUUUAAGUGAUGGGAAUGAGGAUGUUGUCCCUCUAGUCAACUACUUGGAUGCCCAAUACUAUGGGGAGAUCAGCAUUGGUUCUCCACCUCAGACAUUCACUGUCAUAUUUGAUACUGGCAGUUCCAAUCUCUGGGUUCCAUCAUCCAAGUGCAUAUUUUCUAUUGCUUGCUACUUCCACAACCGGUUUAAGGGAACAAAGUCAAGCACUUACACAAAAAUUGGGGACAAUUUGCAAAUAAACUAUGGAUCUGGAUCAAUUUCUGGAUUCUCCAGUAAAGACACUGUUCAAGUUGGUGAUAUUUGUGUCGAAGAUCAAGAUUUCAUUGAAGUUACUAAAGAAGGGAGUCUUGCAUUUCCAGUCUGGUACAAUAUGGUUGAACAAGGCCUAGUAAAAGAACAGGUAUUCUCUUUUUGGCUAAACAGAAAUGAAGCUGAUGAAGAAGGAGGUGAACUUGUCUUUGGUGGUGUUGAUCCCAAUCACUUCAUAGGGGAACACUCAUACGUACCCGUGACUAGAAAGGGUUACUGGCAGUUCAAUAUGGGAGAUUUCCUUAUUGGAAACCAAUCUACAGGAUUCUGUGAGGGUGGUUGUGCUGCUAUUGUGGAUUCUGGAACAUCCUUGCUUGCUGGACCAACUGCUGUUGUCACAGAGAUUAACUAUGCAAUUGGGGGUGAAGGAGUACUCAGCAGUGAAUGCAAAACACUUGUGACUGAAUAUGGAGAUAUGAUCUGGGAUCUCCUUGUUUCUGGGGUAACACCCGGAAAAGUUUGUUCAGAGGCUGGUUUAUGUUUCUCUGAUGGACGUCAGUCUGUGAGUUCAAAUAUUGAAACAGUGGUUGGGAAAGAGAAUGAUGGACUUGGGGAUACAGUGUUAUGUGAAGCAUGUGAAAUGGCUGUUGUUUGGAUGCAAAACCAGCUCAGACAAUCAGCAACCAAGGAAGCCGUGCUAAGCUAUGUGAAUAAGCUUUGUGAGAGCAUACCAAGCCCAGCUGGAGAAUCAGUAAUUGAUUGCAAUACCCUCCAUAAGAUGCCAAAUGUUUCAUUCACCAUUGGGGAAAAACUCUAUACCCUCACUCCAGAACAGUAUAUUCUGAAAACCGGAGAAGGUGCGGCUACUGUUUGCAUCAGUGGUUUUAUGGCAUUAGAUAUGCCACCUCCAACAGGCCCUCUUUGGAUUCUGGGAGAUGUGUUCAUGGGUGUUUACCACACUGUGUUUGACUAUGGAAAUCUGCAGCUGGGAUUUGCUAAAUCAGCAUAAUUUACUGUCUGAUUAGCAUGGAAAAAAAAAACUUUAAGCCUCUCAUGUAAAUAUAUAAUAUGAUGGAUGUAUCGUAUACUUGAAUAUUUUUACUGUGGUAACGAAUACGUUAGGAGGAGGGGUUGUAUUGUAUGAUGUUAUUUCACUCAUUUGCGACCCUUGAUGGUUGCAUAUGAUAUGGGUGAGUUAUUAUCUAAAACUGAACUUGAGAAAAACAAUUGUGGUUCUUUUGUUUAUCCUCAAUUGAUAUUUACAAUAGGUCUUUGUCUUUGCUCUUACAUGUUAUGAGUGCUUUGGAUUUAUACUAUGUUUGGGGUGCAUUGAGUUGAACCUAGCUUGAUGUCAACAGGAUAAAAAUUACUACUUCUUUAUGCCUACCAUGCUUGUAUAGAAAAUGUGAUGUGUUCUUUUCUUCUUAAUCCCAGUCGUAAAAAAUAGAUUUAUAAAAGCCUGUUUAAUCUUUUGUGAGGUG